AAACACAACAAAACGGAACGGAACUACAAAUAAAUCUACUCAAUGGUGUUAGUUAGGCAGGCCAUCUCACGAUUUCUUUGGUCCUAGCUAGCAGUAGUUUACUUUUGAAUCCAUUUCCUACAUGUACCGCACUCAAGGCAGGUCGCCUUGCUUGAGGUUCACUGUGGUCAUCCAGUCAGUGCUUGCAACCAGACAGUUGCGGUGCUUGCCUCUUGGCUUCCUUUCUGCGAGAUGUGCGCACUUUGGCUCAGCAGCACUAACACCCAUGCGCUGGUGACUGGUAGGUAGAAACUCGACGAUCAGCCAUAUCCAUUGCGGUGGCUGUCGGGGAGAAGAUUGCUGCAAGCAUACGACUGGGUCGGGACGGGCUGGGCUGUUCAUCUUGUUCGCUCGUUGUACCUUAGCAUCAUUUCUCGGCACCUAUUGGGAAGGUUGACAAGCAACCUCCAAAAAGCUGGGUGCAGCACAAUAGAUGCGAGCCUUGCAAUUGGAGGGAGGGAGGACAAUGGUGUUGGUGCGUGGCUGCGUCGAGUUGGUGUCAACUGCUGUCGUGAUGGAAGAUUUUCCUCUUCCUUCAUCAUACCCUGUUCUUCUGCGAUAGGAGCUCCAGCAGGCCAGCGUUUCAUUUAGCAAUGCGUAUCAUUGGAUUCUUACAUGUACGCAUGCAUAUGUGGCUGGCAAGAAGAAGACUUUUAAGCUCUGGGAUUGGUGGGCAAUGGCCCGAAGUCGGGUGCAGAUCAGCCAUGCAUCCGGAAAAGGAAAUGGAGCUAUCCGUACGGUACUAUUGGCCUGUUCCGAAGGUUUGCGAUGACGUUCUGAAGCUCCUAGCUAGCUAGUAGUGGGUAAAUCUGCCGAAUCUUUGCAGCUGCCAACAACAAUCGAGACCGAUUCCGAACUUGCACGACGCCGUCCUGGAGAAAUAGGACCUGUUCCGCUUGCAGCUCCCGUUCUGGCUGUGUCUCUGGAGCUCUGAGCUGCAGUCAGACCAUACCGGUACCGCAGCUCCAGUCAAACAAUACCUGGUAGACUGCACUCCUCCACCGUACUACUAGCUAGUAGUGCUAGCUAGCUAGUAGCUCUAAACCUGGAAGGCUUCUGGAUUGGGUGUGUAGCAUCACGUGAUACCGGUACGGCAUCUUACGGCACUGGAUCUUGGUUGCACGAUUCACCUCUGAAGGCGCGCUCGGAGCCGUCCCUAAAAACGCAAACUCAUACCGAUUUAUUUAAUCCGUUGAAACAUGACGCCUUAACUCUUUGAGUCUUCGCACCUUGUCAGUUCGCCUGCUUUGCCUUGGCGAUCACCGAUUUCUCGAUCGUUGCCAUUGCCAACAAUGGUACAGGGACGAAACCAACUCGGAAGGAUCAUCAUAUCCAACUGUUGUUGCUUCUGAAGGGCUUUGGACUUGGUCUACCACAUACAGCAGGUAAGGAGGUGUAGAUGUGUUGUAGAUGCAUAGAUUGAUCAUUGCUUGCCUUGCCCGUCAAUUCGGCACUGGUUGAGGCUGAGUAGUUCGGGCCAAAAACCUAUUCGCUCGGUGGGUUCGGUGUGCCGUGUACCGUGCCGAGUGCCGAGUGUGUUACACAUGUUGGUGAUCGGAUGAACCUGUUCUGGUAUGUUGUCUCAUACUGUUGUCCUUCCGUUGUGCUAUACUCUGCAGGUCUUCUUUGAGCUAAGGCGAUUGAAAAGCUGGUCCUCUACACCAUCUAAUUUAUUUUAUCUUCGCUAAGAAAGAAAGAAUCCCCUUACUCUUUUGUGAUUCUCGAUCUAGAACUACCAUUGCAUUUGCCAGAUAGAUAGAGAGCACCAUGGCGCAAGCAAUAAUCCACGAUAUUGAAACUGACGAUUGUGUCACGAGAAACAGACAGAGACGCCGACGACGACGGGCGACGCAUCAUGGACAAAGGCUGUCCUUUAUCAAUCUGUCUCCAGAAUCCAUACUGCUACUGCUAGUAUUGGCAUCCAAUCAUCGAAGGGGAGGAGUUAGUAUGGCGACAGUGGCUCCAUCCUUUCCUCCUGCUCCAUCCUCUGGUCCACUCGGUACACUUGUACCGACAGUAGAAUCUACCCUGGAGGACACGCUUGGUUCAACGUUCUUCGAAACAGCAAUAGAUACAGAAUUAAUGGAAGAACUGACCCCUUCACCAACAAUCCGUCCUCCACCGCCAACGAAAAUUCUGCCCCCUCUAAAUGCCCUACCUGUUCCACCCUCAAACGCCCCGCCCCCGCCCACAGACUUCCCUAGUCGAAGGCCUUCUUACGAACCAACGUUGGAUUCCACUUUGGAAUCAACUCUCAUGGUGUCUACACUGGAACCAACGGGAGAACUCACGGAAACACCCACAGAAGAAGCAGGAGAUCGACAAGACGCUGAUGGGCUGGAAGUUCCCGUUGGCGACGACGAACUGCCUACUAUGGAGCCAACCGAGUUUCAAUUUACAGGCGAUGAGCCUGAUUCUGUCAACUCCAUUACAUUUUCUCCCACAUUGAUGGACACGAUGACAAUUCCGCCAACCUUUGACAAUACCUUUGUCGCGACGCCAUCGCCGACAGGGAAGCCCACGUUGUACCCAAAGACCGCGCUUCCAACCUCAGAUCCGGCGAACCCUGUGACUCUGGCACCAACAGCUUUGGACACUAACAAUCGACAGGAUACUCCUGGACCAGCCGGCGGGGUGCCCAUUCAAACAACAACUCCAACGAUUAUCAGCUCCAAUUCCACAAACAGCACUACAGAAGAACCAUCAACGAUCACUCCUACCACCAGCACAAGUCCACCUACCGGUGGUCAACCUGUGGAUCCACCCACAGAUGCACCUACGAGCACACAGACAAAUCCAAUUCCAGUUCCCAUUGAAACACCCAAUCCCACGCGCAACCCUUCUUCCCGUCCUACCCCAAGACCAACAACUGGGCCGCCAUCACCAAGUCCAUCGCGGCGGCCGCUCACGGUCCAGCCAACGACUUCUCCUCCCACAAACGCUGGAACACCCUCACCAUCUCCCCCUCCAUCAGCUGGACCAACCACCUCGAGUCCAACAAGUGGACCCACGGAAACGCCCACGAAGGGUCCCACUUCGGAACCUUCCGUGCAACCAAGCCCAGAGCCAACGUCGUCGCCAUCUGCUUACCCAACCAUGCAGCCUGUAGUGGGACCAACACCGUUGCCAACGCCUUUUCCUUCGACUCCACCUACACCAAGCCCCACUGGGAGUCCUAGUCUUGAACCAAGCAGUGCACCGUCUGCAUCGACACCAGAACCAACGAGCCAGACGCCAUCCGCCAGUCCUUCACUUUUGCCUUCCUCCACUCCAACAGUGUCCCCUGCUCCUACCACGAAAACACCACGCCCCACUGUCUCUUCGCUCCCUUCCUUUGAUCCUUCGGUCAGUCCUACGAAUCUGCCAUCGGUAUCGCCGACAGAUCUUCCCAGCUGGUCUCCAUCUAUUUCACCCAGCAGGUUGCCCUCCAAUCCUCCAUCUCAAGCACCAUCGCUGUCAUUGCAGAACGAGGGAGAUCGUGUUGUCAUGACGCUGAAAUACGCGGAUGUCUUUGAAGGACUUUCCAUUAUUACGUGGGAACAAAUCACUGCCACGCACAUUCGCCAGUCCAUUGUUUCAGCUGGUGUGGAUCCUCCCAUGGAUGACUUGCGAGUGUGGACUAACAUUAUCCGACAAGCACCCGAAGUGAACGUGGAUUCCGCGACACCAGCAGCUACAGCACUGCAGGCAGAGCCUGGUAACAGACUACUACGACGGAGAGCACAAGAAGCAGCAACUGCAGCUGAAGAGCCAGCACCACUCAAGAUUGCCUUUGAUACAGCUGUAUCGUUCCGGUCAGAGAAAACGGAUCACGAUAUUCAAGCCUUGAUUGCCGGUGCUUUCAACACGGAAGAGGAUCGGGAAGAAUACGUAAACAGCCUGAAACGUACCAACGAUGGAGCCUUUCAAAACUUGAAUGAAGUGGCAUCCGUCUCCGUUGGUGGAGUAAUCAUUCCCGAAGAAGAAACCAACACGGACAAGAGCGGCCAGGAAGUAGAAACUCGCGACAUGACAGUCUUUAUCAUUAUUGGUGCUGUCGCUGGAGGUGGGGCUCUAUUGCUCCUUAUCAUCUUCUUCCUCUGGAGGCACUAUAUGAGCAAGCAGCCAAGUUCACUUGGCAAAAGCGACCCGGUCACUGGUAACACCGAGUCCAACGCAAAUGGAGUGACAACCGAGAUUGUCGUGGAGCACAACCCAGAUGAUGUAAGCACCCUGGGUGACCCGGUUUACACUCCCAUGAUGGGUAUGAUGACUAAUACAAUGGAAAGGGACGAACGCACGGCAAGUGUUGCCGAUGAUUACGAUUACAAAUAUCUCAAGCACCAUAACUUCGGCACCAACGAAGCACCCAGAGAUCGUAUGAUGUCUGAAGGAGAUCGGUCGCGGAUGUUGUCGGAAGAAACAAGGUCUAGGUUACACUCGGAAGAAUCUAUGACACGUGAAUCGUCCAAUAAGACGGGUAGCCAAUCCAAACUUGGGUUUUCACAAAUGGGCGAAUCCCUCUUUUCAGAUGAUGCUUCGUUCGAGGAGCAAUAUAUUGAAUCUGAGCAACAGGUGCCGUUUGAAAUCACUGUCCCGGCAGGAAAGCUGGGAAUGGUGAUUGAUACUCCCAAUGGUGGCUUUCCAAUUGUCCAUGCUAUCAAGGACACAAGCAUACUUGCUGACAGAGUGGUAGUGGGUGAUCGUCUUGUUUCUGUGGAUGGACAGGAUUGUACAACCAUGACCGCUGUCCAAGUUUCGAAAUUGAUCAGCCUCAAGUCAGAUCAAGAAUCCCGAGUGCUGGUUUUCGUGAGAAACCGAGCUCCAAGACCUGGAACUCCCGACCAAUAAGAGAAGAAUCCUCCUGUCAUAAAUUAAAACAAAAUUCAAAGCUAUAGUAACGCUCUAU